CCUGUUUGAAUUAAAACUGGGUUAACAUUGAGACACGUGGACGGUGGCCUCCAUGGCAACGCUGAGCCCACAAAACACAAACAAACCCAGGAAAGCAUGUAUUUCACUGCACACUAGUACGAGUCGCAUGAGUAACUCAUGUUAAUUAAGUGUUUUAAUAUACAACAAAAUGUCAUUCCGUGAUUUGCGAAAUUUCACGGAGAUGAUGAGGGUCCUUGGUUAUCCUAGACUGAUUUCUUUAUCUAAUUUUCGAAUGCCGAAUUUUCCUCUGGUUGCGGAAAUCCUGAUUUGGUUGACCAAAAGAUUCGAUCCGGACGCGAACAUUCCAUCCGAACAUGAAACCGAAAAAGAUCGAGUCAACUUGAUCCGACAAGUUGCAGAGUUUAUGGCGAUAACGGCGAAUGUGAAGUUAAACACGAAAAAGCUGUAUCAAGCCGACGGUUAUGCAGUGAAAGAAAUAUUGAAAAUAACCACGUUAUUGUUCGACGCACAAGUCAAAAGUUCCGAAGAUUCGACACAACACGCGAGUCUUCGGAAUCUAAACUUCGAUAUUUCGGAUAAAAUAAACGAAUUAAAGUCAACGAGGCAACUGGCCAGUGAACUUACGACAAAUGGAGCAACACUUUUUGAUCUUCUAGGUCGCGAAGCCGAGCUUCGUGAAAUUCGCAAUUCCAAGGUUUCCCGGCAAUAUGACACUUCCGAGAUCGAGGUGGCUCUAAAGGAGACGAUUGAUAGUACAAGGAAGGAAAUCGAGGACACAAAAAAGCAGAUUGAUAAUGUUAAGGAUACAGAGCAAAACCUUGAUGCGAAAAUAGAAAGGCGACGAACUGAACUCGAUAGAAAUGAAAAAAGACUGCAAACUUUAAGAAAAGUUAGACCUGCUUUCAUGGAAGAAUUUGAGAAACUCGAGGUUGAACUCAAGUCUCUCUAUGAAGAUUAUCUUCAGAAAUUUCGGUACCUCGCAUAUCUAGAACAUCUCCAAGAAGAUGAUGCAAAAGCUGAACAAGAAAGAUUUGAAAAAAGACAAGCUGCAACGAAAAAACAAUUGGAACAAUUGAGAUCUGAAGAUGUGAGUUUUGAGAGCCUAUUAGAAGGAAAUGAUUCAAUUUUCACCCACAAUCUUCAAGAUCCUCUUGCUCUUGGAGAUGUGGACAAAAGAGCUUCUGAAAAAAAUAAACCAGAAACUGGAAGAUCAUCAAAAGCGCGAAUAUCUCAUCAACGUAGAGUAUAUGGAAGUAUGUCUGGUCGACAAAGAGGAGUUAUUGUUGAAACCAACGAUAGUGGAGAUUCAUUAGAUAGCGAUAGUGAUUUAUUGAUAGACGGAGAUCUCGACGAUGAUGAUGACGAUGACGACAUGCUUUUAAAUUCUGUUAAUCCAGGAGGAAUGAGCGAAUUUGAACUGAAACCCAGUCAAGAAAAACGUGCAGUCAGCAAAAUUGAUCACUCGGAUGAGGACUUUUGAAUCGGUUUGUUUUUAAUUACCAAUGUACCUUCCCUAGAAUCUAGAACCUGCAAUUAGCCCAGAAUUGCUAUCAAAACCUGUAAUAUUUCUCCGCUAAUAAAAGAAUAAUAGAAAAACUA